AUGUGGACCCUCGGCCGCCGCCGUCACCUCUGUCUGACCUUCCUGCUAGUCUGUGUCCUUGCUUCAGUCACCUUCCUCCACAUCUACCGAGACGUCUUUCACAGUGUCCUGGAUGUGUCUGUCCUGUUUGCAGGCCGACACCUGGUGGCAGCCCCCGUGGCCAUCUUCUGCCUGUCAGGCACUCCGGGACGCCCGAACGCCUCCUCGCCCCCUCCCGGGCCCGCUGCCUCCCUCUCAGGGACCUGGACUGUCUCCCCCGAUGGCCGGCUGGGUAAUCAGAUGGGGCAGUACGCCACGCUGCUGGCCCUGGCGCAGCUCAACGGCCGCCAGGCCUUCAUCCUGCCCGCCAUGCACGCCGUCCUGGCCCCCUUGUUCCGCAUCACCCUGCCUGUGCUGGCGCCCGAGGUGGACGGCCUCACGCCCUGGCGGAAGCUGGACCUGCACGACUGGAUGUCGGAGGAGUACAGCCACUUGGAGCACCCCGUGCUGAAGCUCACUGGCUUCCCUUGCUCCUGGACCUUCUUCCACCAUCUCCGGGAUCAGAUCCGGAGGGAGUUCACCCUGCACGACCACCUUCGGGAAAAGGCCCAAGGUUUCCUGAGACAGCUGCGCUUGCCCCGCACUGGGGGCCUCCCGCGCACCUUCGUGGGGGUCCACGUGCGCCGUGGGGACUACCUGGAGGUCAUGCCCAAUCACUGGAAGGGCGUGGUGGGCGACGGCGCUUACCUCCAGCAGGCCAUGGACUGGUUCCGGGCUCGGCACGAGGCCCCCAUCUUCGUGGUCACCAGCAACGGCAUGGCCUGGUGCCGGGAGAACAUCAACACUUCCCAGGGGGACGUGAUCUUCGCUGGCGACGGGCAGGAGGGCUCCCCGGGACGGGACUUUGCGCUGCUCACGCAGUGCAACCACACCGUCAUGACCAUCGGCACUUUUGGUUUCUGGGCCGCCUACCUGGCGGGUGGAGACACCGUCUACCUGGCCAACUUCACGCUGCCCGACUCCCACUUCCUCAAGAUCUUCAAGCCCGAGGCCGCCUUUCUGCCUGAGUGGGUGGGCAUCAACGCAGACUUGUCUCCACUCCAGAAAUCGCCCAGGAGUCUUUUUGGGAUAGACUGA